CUGAUUUCAAAAGUGAAAGCUCUAAUCUCUGACUCUUAGGCCCAAAUCGAGAUCAGAACCGCGCUCCUCUGUCUUUUACUCCCGUCAUUCCCAAUCUGAGAGCAGAAGUAACGGUGGUGCUCUUCGUUUCCGUUUCCGUUUCCGCUUGCGAAUAUGACUAAGUUCCGGAAACUAGGUCGACCCACGGGUCACCGAAUGUCCAUGCUCAGAACCAUGGUCUCCCAGCUCAUCAAGCACGAGCGCAUCGAAACCACUGUUGCCAAGGCUAAAGAAGUUCGCAGACUCGCUGAUAACAUGGUUCAGCUUGGCAAGGAGGGUUCUCUGUGUGCUGCAAGGCGCGCUGGUGCUUUUGUGAGAGGAGAUGAUGUCCUUCACAAACUCUUUACUGAACUCUCUUAUCGUUACAAGGAUAGAGAAGGUGGAUACACCAGAGUUCUAAGGACUCGAAUUCGAGUUGGUGAUGCUGCACCGCUGGCCUAUAUCGAGUUUGUUGACCGGGAAAAUGAGCUUAGACAGUCGAAGCCGCCAACACCACAACCACCACAGAGAGCCGCAAUUGACCCCUGGACCAGAUCUCGUCUCACUAGGCAGUUUGCACCUCCUAAAGAGGAAAAACCAGACUCUGGAUUAUGAUCUUAUUCAAAUGAAUGUAAUACAAGUACUUCUAUUUUUAUCUUGUGAUAUCUGAAUUUUUGUUGCUCUUGUUUUGCCUGCUCCCCACAAUGAUUUCCAAAUCAGGCUCUUCCCGUGUCCCUUAAGCUAGAAGUUUUUCCUCAAUGUGUAAUAAUGGGAUUGAAAUUGUAGCCGAGGUAAUGAAAAUAUCAUUAUUUUAUAACUUC